CUCCCAAAUUGCGUCAGACUGUUGGAUAUUGCACCUAAUUGAUCACUCCCGGCAUUCUCUGGUCCUUGGAGAUCAUCCAGAACACGCCGUAUACAAGAAGCAGCCUGCAUCUAUUUCUACCGUCCUGCCCAUUUGCUAGCCAUACAACCUUUGUCCUGGCCUACACCGGACUCCCAAGUACUAUCGACUCAAACACGGAGAUCAUGUCGGCCAGCUUUGAGGCUCCCGCCCAGUAUGACCGAGACCUGCGAAGCGCCAACAAGGAGUGGAAGCGCGGCAAGGACGCGGCAACGAAGUGGUCUUUUGGCUCUCGGCCGCUGUCUGGCUGCCGCAUGGACUGGGUAACUGGCGAGGCCGUCGGCGGCAGCGAGGCCCAGCGGGCCAAGACUCGCCCGCGCGGGAAAGCCAGUGAUGAAGUCAAGCCUUACUUCAAGAAGGAGCACAACGUCACAAAGUUCAACCGCGGCAACUACACACUGCCCGCCGGUCGCGUCCGGACCAGGAUGAGCGCACACGAGGAGAUCAGCAGCGAUGUGACCCGCUCCAUUUCGGACCUGGUCCCGGGCUCCAGCCUAGCUCGGACGAAGUCCACGUCGGAUAACUUCAUGUACAGCUUCGACCGCACAGAUAGCCCCGGCAGAUCGCUGACCCUGGACGUCUUCAUCAAGCCCGCCAAUCCCCGCGACACGGAACGUUUCGUGGAGAAGGAGUACGAGAUCCUCGAUGCCAACGGCCAGGCACUCAGGGGCCACAAGGCGCGGCGGAACCUUCGAAAGGCGCCUUUGGAUCCGCCACGGGACGACGCGGACGCGAACGAGGACGAGGGCUUCGAGCUGGUUUGAAAAGCCGGCUGAGCUCUUCCCUCUUCGCCGCUUUCUUUUUCUUCUCUUCUUCGCCCCUGGCUCCUUUGUAGGGCCUUCCUGAUUGCUUACGGUGCAAAGUAAUCCUCUAUAUGGCU